AUGCAUCUGACGCCACCAGACGCCGAAGACGAUGCAGGGAAACGGGUGCGCUGCACACACAUGCACACACCGCGUGUGCUCACGCCAAGUGCACACACGUACCGUGCACACUCACCACGUGCACUCCUACCACGCACAGGCGCACAUCACACCACGCGUGCUCACACUUCAUCCGCGUCACUCAUACCACACACGUACCACGUGUGUACACACACCAUGCACACACACACACCACAUGUACUCAUACUGCACGCACGUGCACACCGUGUGCUCAUGCCGCACACGCGCACACGUCACGUGCACCCUACCACAUGCACUCGUGCCACACACACACACGUGCUCACGUGCAUAAAGAAAGGCUACCUUUUCCGAGCCGCUCGAGAGAGUAGCUCUCGGCAUGGAGCACCUCCGCGUGUCCUAGGAGGGAGGCGACGGCCUCUCCCCCCUGUAGCUGCUGGGUCUCCACCGCAGCCGACAGGCAGUGUGGGCACAGACAUGUCCGCUGGGCGCACCUGCUCCAGCCUCUCCCCGACUCGAUGUCGUCCGAUGAUCCCUGAGGAGGCUGGCCUUUGCAGCACCUCCCGCCUCCGGCUGGUGCCCGACACUCUAUGCGAGCCAGCUCCCGCCUUUCCCCUUUGGUCUAAUUGUCCCAGCGUUUAUUAUGUACGUAUUACCGGCAUUUAUCACUCAUUUAUAAUUGGUCAGGGCUCAGAUAUUUGUCAUCGGUUAUCAGCAUGCAUCCGCGGAUCGCUGCUGGGCCUCACGCUGUGCCGGGGUCGCACGGGGAGCUGUCAUGUUGUGACGUGUCAUUGCCUCCCUACUUUCUGGCACAAGGCUCUCUGGUCCCUCUGUCCCAGCCCAGAAAUCAGCCAUUUGUCCGAGGGGCCCUGCCUCCUCUUGGGGAAUGGUCGUGGAGACAGGCCUGGGUGCAAAACCUGCGUGUUGCUUUCAAGAUGUCUGUUUUUAGGCCGUGUCUGUGGACAGCGAGGGAGGACGGGCACACCCACACGCACACACCUAUGUGCGCUUUUGAGAGACCGCGGCGCCAUGCCGACACCUCCAGUUCCACCUCCGUGGGCUCGUUUGCCUGCCUUGUCUGUAUCUACAUCUGCCCUCCACGUCUCGGGAUCUGACUCCCCACCCUCCUUAUUGGUAGAACGUGAUCGCGCUUCCAGAAGUCUGGACUCUUCACAAAGGCACGCUCAGGGACAUGGCUCCCUCCUGUCCCGCCUCCACGUUUUUGCAACUAGCGUCAGUUUUCUGGUUUGUCCUUUUUGUGAAGAUGCCUGUGUGCUGACUGCACGUUGUUUCUUCUCCCGGAAAGCACUCUUCUACUCGGGGACGACUCCCUCUUGGAGCCACGUAGUGCUUCAUCGUGUGGAUGAACCGUGGCCGACUCAGCCAGCCUCCCGCAUGCUGGCGUUUUCGUGGUUGCCAGGACUUCAUGACUCCCAACAGAGCUGUUUGAAUAACCUCAUGCACGUGUAUUUUCAUGCUGUUCGAGGUGUGUCUUUAUGGCGAAUUCCUACAAGUGGGAAUGCGAGGUCACGGGGAAGCGUGGAUCCAUUUGGCUGGGUAUUGCCACAUCGCCCUGCCCUUCUCCCCUCGCUGGUCUGGUGGUGGGGCAAUGGUGCCUCUGGACUUUGCUUCAUCCUUUUUUUUCUUUUUAAUGUUUAUUUGAGGCAGAGAGAGAGCAAGGGGGGGAGGGGCAGGCAGAGGGGGAGAGAGAGAUUCCCAAGCAGGCUCCGCGCUGUUAGCGCAGACAGAGCCUGAUGCGGGGCUUGAACCUAUGAACCGUGAGAUCAUGACCUGAGCCGAAAUCAAGAGUCGGACGCUUAGCUGACUGAGCCCCCCCCCCCACGCCCCUUUGCUUCAUUUCUUCACGCGUGAAGGCGAAUGUCUUCGUAGGUUUGAGAACCAUCUGUUUUUAUAAGUUGUCUGUUCAUAUAUUCUGUCCAUUUCCCAUUGGACUCGGGGCAUGUUCCUCUCACAUUAUGUGCACACGCUUGGGUGAUUGCCCUUUAUCUCCAGUAUAUGCUGCACAGCCUCCAUCUGUCACUUUUCUUUCCACUCUGAGUGGGAAGUACCUUCCCGUGUGGAAGUUUCCGGUUUUCCUGUUUGCAGGUUUAUUGCUCGUUUUGUGCCGAGUCCUGGUUGGGAAGCUUUUCCCACAGUCAGUUCCGCCGUGUUUUCUGUCCACGUUUGCUUAGUGUCUCUUCUGCAUGUAGACUUUGGGUCCGUUUGGAGCUCACUUUUGUCUGUGUGAAGUAGGCCUUAUUUUAUCUUUCUCCAAGCGGCUGUCCACUUACUGAAGGCCCAUCAUUGCCUCAGAGAUUUGAAGUCACACACCGAACAUGCACAUUUCAAGUUUGGGCAACUAAGAAUAAAGCUGCUAUAAACAUCUGGGUGCAGCUGCUUUGAGGACCCAUGAUUCCAACUCCUUCGUGGAAGUACCAGGAAGCAGGAGUACUAUAAAGUAAGAGAAUGUUUGGUUUUGCAAGAAGCCGCCAAACUGCCUUCCACAGUGGCUGCACCAUUUUGCAUCCCGCCAGCAAGGAGUGCUUCACAUCCUCCCAGCACUGGUGUUGUGUGUGCUCCGGAUUUGGGCCAUUCUGACAUGUGUGGUGUCCCUCGUUUUAGUGUGCAUUUGCCGGAUGCACAUGAUGUGAUGCUUACGUGCCGUCUGUACAUCUCUGGUGUCCGUUAAUGUCUUUAAGCCUAUUUUCCAACUGAACUCUUUCCUUAUUGUUGAGUUUUAAGGGUUCUUUGUACAUUUUGAAUAACAGCCCUUUAUCAGAUGUGUCUUUUGCACAGGGGUUCUCCUAGUACGCGUGUCUUCUCGUCCUCUUGACAUUGUCCAUCACGGAACAGAGAAUUUUAAUUUUAACGAAGUCUAGCUAUCGAUUCUCUCUUUCACGGAUCAUGCCUUUGGGGUUGUAUCUGAAGACUCCUCUCCACACUCAAGGUCGUCCAGGCUUUCUCCUACGUUACCUUCUAGGAGUUUUACAGUUUUGCAUUUACAUUUAGGUAUGUGAUAAAUUUUGUGUUGUGUUUAUGAAGGGUGUAGGUCUGUGUCUAUAUUCUUUUGUGUGUGUGUGUGUGUGUGUGUGUGUGUGUAUGAGUGUGUGUGAGUGUGUAUCAGUGUGUGAGUGGAUGUCCAGUGGUUCCAGUACUAUUAGUUGAAGAGCCCAUCUCUACUCCAUUGUAUUGCCUUUGCUUCUUCAUCAAAGAUCAGUUGACUGGAUUUAUGGAGAUCUGUUUCUAGGCGAUUUUGUUCCACUCAUCAAUUUGUAUAUUAUUUUGUCAAUACCACAUUGUUCUGAUUAACUGUAGCUUUAUAUAAGGCUUGAAGUGAGGUAGUGUCACUCUUCCAACUUUGUUCUCCUUCAAUAUUCUGUUGGCCAUUCUGGGUCUUUUGCUUCUCCGUGUAAACUUCAGAAUUUUUAUCAAUAUCCACAAAAUAACUUGCUGAGAUUUGAUCGAAAUUGCAUUGAAUCUAUAGAUCAAGUUGGAAAGACUGACAUCUUGACAAUAUUGAGUCUUAUCUAUGAACAUAGAAUGCCUCCCCAAUUGCUUACUUGAUUUUGCUCAUCAGAAUUUUGUUCUUUUUUUCAUAUAAAUGUUGUAUAUAUUUUGUUAGAUUUAUGCCCAAAUAUUUCACUUUUUUGAGCGCUAAUUAACGUAAAUGGUAUUAUGUUUUUAAUUUCAAAUUCCACUUGUUAAUUGGCAGUAUAUAGGAAAGCUAUUAACUUUUGUAUAUUAACCAUGCAACCUGCAACCUUACUAUAAUUGCUUUAUUCCAGAAGUCUUCUCGUCAAUUCUUUUAGACUUUCUACUUCGAUGAUCAUGUCACCUGUGAACAAAGACCAUUUUAUUUCUUCUGUACCAAUCUGUAUACCUUUUAUUUCAUUUUCUUGUCUUGUUGCAAUAGCUAGCACUUCCAGUCCAGUGUUGAAAAGGAUUGGUGAGAGAGGACAUCCUUGGAGUGUAAGGGAAACUUCUGAGUUUUUCACCAUUACGUGUAAUGAUAGCUGUAGGCUUUUUGUAGAUGUUCUUUAUCAAGUUGAGGAAGUUCCCCUUUAUCCCUAGGUUACUGAGAGCUUUGGUCAUGAGUGGCUAUAGGAUUUGUCAAAUGCUUUUCCUGCAUCUAUUAUGAUCAUGUAAUUUUUCUCACUUUGCCUGUUGAUCUGAUGGAAUACAUUCUUGAUUUUCAAAUUUUCAACAAACCUUGCAUACCUGGGGUAAAUCCCCUUUGGUCAUGGUGUAUAUAAUUCUGUUAAUACAUUGUUGGAUUUAAUAUAUUUUUUUAAGAUUCCUGCAUCUAUGCUCAUGAGUGAUUUUGGUCUGUAGUUUUCUUACAGUGUCUUUCCCUGGUUUCGGUUUUAGGGAGAUUCUGGCUUCAUAAAUGAAGUAGGAGGAAUUCUCUCUGUUUCUAUCUCCUGGAAGAGAUUGUAGAGAAUUGGUAUCAUUUCUCCUUAAAUGUUUGGUAGAAUUCAACAGUAAACUAAUCUGGGCUUGGUGCUUUCUGUUUCAGGUUAUUAAUUGUUGAUUAGAGUUAUUUAAUAGAUAUAGGCCUAUUCAGAUUGUCUAUUUCUUGUGUGACUUUUGGCAGACUGUGUCUUUCAAGAAAUUGGUUAAUUUCAUCUAGGUUAUCAAAUUUGUGUGCAUAGUUGUUCAUACUAUUCCUUUAUUAUCCUUUUAAGUCCAUGGAUCUGUAAUGAUGUCUCCUCUUCCAUUUGUAUUAUUAGUAAUUAGUGUCCUUUCUCUCUCUUUUCUUAGUUAGCCUGGCUACAGGCUUAUCAAUUUCAUUAAUCUUUUUAAAGAACCAGCUUUUGGUUUCAUUGCUUUUCUCUAUUGAUUUCCUGUUUUCAAUUUCAUGAAUUUCUUCUCUGAUUCUUAUUUCUUCUGCUUACUGUGGACAGAAAACAGAAAAAAGAAAACAGAGGAGUUACAAAGCACCGUUACAACAGGUGCCCGUGUGCUUACCUUUUGUGACUGUGCUUCUUCGUGCAGCUUCCAGCUCCAGCUCGUGUCCUUCUCUUCGCUGGCGUGACCCCCAGAGGAGGUGUGCUGUUCACGUGCUGCCUCGGCGUCUGGGUGCCGAGAACAUCUUCAUUUCUCCCUCGGUCUGGAAGGGCAGUUUUGCCGGAUGCAGGAUUCUCGAUGGGCAGUGGUUUCUUGUAGCACUUUGAUGGCAGCGGCCCGGUGCCUUCUGUCCCACAAAGAUUCUGGGGGAGGUCUGCUGGUGAGCCUGUGGAGGAUCUCAUGUGUGAGGAUGCUCGCUGCUCCAGGACUCGUGUCUUUGACAGUUCGGUCAUAUAAUGUGUCUCCACGUGCAUCUCCUUCAGUUCACUGCAUGGGGAGUUCACCACGCUUCUUGGAUGUUCAUAUUCGUGUUUUCCAUCACAUUUGGGAAGUUUUCCGCCAUUCUGUUUUCCAAUGUCUCUCUCUUUCCAGGACCCCCACGAUGCGCACGGUGGCUGUCUUGACUGUGUCCCAUGGGUCCCCAGGCUUUGUUCGCUGCCCCAGUCUCAUUUCCUUCUGUUUCUCACACUCGCUAAACCCCACUGCCCUGUCUUCAAGUUCACACAUUCUUUCUUCUGCCUGAGUCUGUCCCGGUGACAGGGCGCUGCAGUCAUGGCACUUGCCAGCCCCUAAUCGCCUUUUGCUUUCUUUUUAGGUCUGGUAUUGUUUAUUCCAUCUUGUUCCCGUGUCACCUUCCUGGCUUUCUCCACAUCCACAUGUAGCUCUGUGAGGAUCUUCGGCCAUUAAGUCUUUGUCCAGUAGGUCCGCCAUCAGGUCUUCACAAACAGCUGCUGUGGACUUAUUUCCCCUUCGGGCAGUGAUCUUCUCCUGUCUCUGUGCCUCGUGCAGGGACAUUUUAACCCACUGGUGCCGUAACUCUGAACUCAGAGUUCCCCUUACCCAGGGUUUGCUGUUUUUGGUUAUUUUUAAAUGUUUUGAUGGUUGUAGGCUGUCUAGGGAACAAGGAGCAGCCUGAGGGGUAAACUUAGUGCCUUCUCAUGUCCUUUCAGAGCCUUUACCUGGAACAGCAGGGUCACAUUCUAACUCUCCCACACGUGUGGUUGCCUUUAACUCCUUUAACUGCACGUCUUUCGUGUCUGCCUCCUCUAACUGCCCUGCAGGUCGCUUCAGGAGAAGGGGCCCGCCGCAUGGCCACCUGCCUCUGUGUCUCUGUCUGCUCCUCCCUCAUCAGGAGUAACCAGCCUUCAGAGCGCGGGCCUCUGGUACCUGGAGGCCGGGGCCCGUUUCCCAGCCCGGCUCCCACAAGCUGUGUGCGAGCCGCUCCGGGAACCGGCGUGCAGCUGCCUGCCGGGGGCCGGGUGUGGGUGGGGGGCUGCUCCUGUGCUCAGAGCAGACGCUGAGCAGAACGAACACAACUGUGCACGUCUUCGCUGGGAAGCGCAAACCUUCGAUGCUCUCCUCAGCUCCAGAAGAGCCACUGCACACAGCUUCUGCCGCUGCCGUCCUGGCGCCCACGCCGCUGUCUCCGCGGGCCCCUCUCGCUCCGACGCCAGCUUCAGAAACGGGUGUCCAGACGUCCUGUCGACGGCGUCCUCCCGGCGUUGGACUCCCUGUGCUCCUUGUGGGCUGGAGAUGAGGUCUAAGGGUUUGAAUAAAUUCAGGCUAAAUCGUUUUGGCGCGAGGACCUCCCACGUGGACUUUAGUUGCUGCUGCAUCAGGCACGCGUGAGGACGCCAAGCCCUGGUGCCCAGUGGCGGGGCGUUUGACCCCACGGUUACGAUGGUUAUUGGCAAAUGCUGCCGUGGGGACAGAACCUGCAGCUCUUCCACUUCCCUUCCUGAAAACUCCAGAAGCCGUUAGGGAUGGCCCAGCAAGACCGCCUGCCACAGAGGGGUGAGGGAGGCGCCAAGGCCCGCACCGCCCCCACGGCGGGGUCGGUCCUCACGAGCCGUCUGGCAAUGCUGGGAGAGGCCCCAAGCCGUUUCUUUUUUAAAAAAAUUAAUGAAUUAACUUGUUUAUUUUUCAUUUACAGCCAAGGUAGUUAAUGUAAAAAUGACUUCAGGAGUACAAUCCAGAGAUUCAUCCCCUACACAUAACACCCAGUGCUCAUCCCAACCCAUGUCCUCCUUAAUGUCCCUUGCCCGUCUGGCCCAUCCCUCCACUCCCAACCUCUCCAGCAACCCUGAGUUUGUUCUCUGUAUUUAAGAGUC